CUUAGCCUGACCCCGCCCACUUUCCACCCCGUUGUGUGUGAUACUGGACGAUGCGACCUAUCCGUGCGCGCCCUCACAUAUACAAGAUACUGAGCUGAUCGUAUUUCACUACAUUUUCUUCUGGCAUAUACCCGAAAGGUAUCGAAAAGGAAGGUUAUUGAGACCGGUGUCACGUACAUCACAUACAAAGCGGAGAGAAGCGACAACGUUUCGCUUUUAACGUUACUUUGUCCUCUAUGAUGGCAGCUCAGGAUUUCAAUUUUUUACUUGCGACGGACUCUUAUAAGAUUACCCACUACAAGCAAUACCCACCCAAUAUCAGUAAGGUGUACUCCUAUUUUGAGUGUCGGCGCAAAAAAGGGUCACAGUUUAAUGAGGUGGUGUUUUUUGGCCUCCAGUAUCUCCUGAAGAAAUACCUAGCAGGUCCAGUUAUCACGGAGGAAAAGAUUCAGGAGGCGAAAGUCUUUUAUCAGAUGCACUUUAAACAGGCAGUGUUCGAUGAAGAGGGAUGGAGGAAAGUUUUAGAGAAAUAUGAUGGCCGUCUUCCAAUCCGUAUCAAAGCAGUUCCUGAGGGGAAGAUCAUUCCCAGAGGGAACGUUCUUUUCACUGUGGAGAACACAGAUCCAGAUUUCUUCUGGCUCACCAAUUAUAUCGAGACGAUGCUGGUCCAAAUGUGGUACCCCAUCACCGUAGCAACAAUCUCCAGGGAGUUCAAAAAGAUUCUGGCCAAGCACCUGAAGGCCACGUCAGGGAGCCUGGAGGGACUGGACUGCAAACUGCACGAUUUUGGCUACAGAGGGGUGUCCUCACAAGAGUCGGCAGCACUUGGUGGAGCUGCUCAUCUGGUGAAUUUCUGCAGCACAGAUACAGUGGCAGGUCUGCUGAUGGCACAGCGAUACUACGGAUGUCCUAUGGCUGGAUUCUCCAUCCCUGCUGCAGAACACAGCACUAUCAUCUCCUGGGGCAAGAGCCGAGAGAAAGACGCAUAUGAGUGUCUGCUGGACCAGUUUCCCUCUGGGCCUGUAGCUGUGGUUAGCGACAGUUAUGACAUCUUUAAGGCUUGUAAGCACAUCUGGGGGGACAAGCUGAAGGAGAGAGUGAUGGAGAGGAGUGAGGAUUCUGCCCUUAUCAUUCGUCCAGACUCUGGGGACCCUGCUCAGACACUCUUAGAGGUGAUAAAGAUUUUGGAGGAGUGUUUUGGAUGUUCUCUGAACUCAGUUGGUUACAAGGUGCUCCCGUCAUACCUGCGCAUUAUCCAGGGGGAUGGAAUUGAUCUGAACUCAGUCAAUGAGAUUCUGGAGAAGCUGAGCGAUGAAGGUUGGAGUGCCGAAAAUGUGUUUUUCGGCUGUGGAAGCGCACUCUUGCAGAAAAUCAACAGAGACACACUUAACUGUGCAUUUAAGUGCAGCUAUGUGGAGACCAAUGGCAAAGGCAUGGACGUUUAUAAGCAGCCAGUGACGGACCCAUCUAAAGGAUCCAAGCGUGGUCGUCUCUCUCUGAGGAGAAACUCCGAUGGCUUCAUUGAGACGGUGGAAAAAGGAGCGGGCAAACCAGAGGAGGACAUGUUGGUGACUGUGUUUGAAAACGGGACCAUCCUGCAGGAGUACACUCUGGAUGAGAUCCGAAAAGCUGCUCAGCUUUGGGAGGAAGACGUGAGCCCUUCCCAGCACAACGAAGAGGACAGCACUACUCUGGAGAUCCACCAGAAAUGCAUAAUGAACGGCGUGCAUUAAUAUAUAUACACACUGUUCUCAUCACUGCCCCCUACAGACCAAACACAGUCCUAUUCCACAACACUUAGAUGUUCAUCAAUAUAACCGAACACAGUGUUACAGUACACUAUACAAAUACACAUCACAUCUGACGUUUCAGGAAAUCCUUAAAUUUGGGAUUUGGUUGCCAGAGUUUUUUUUACUAGUUCCUCCUUCAUUUUACCACACUUUAAGAUGCCAAAUAUCUUUGUUGGUGCUUCAGCAGGGUUUGCAUGCGAUUGCUAGUAAUGCUGUUAAAGCAUCACCUGGCAGUACAUUGAUAGAUGAAGAAAACUUCAUUUGGAAACUUCAUCUGCACAUGACCCUGGUUUCGUACAAUGAGACGCUCUGAAAAUGCAAAAAUUAGAUUUAGAAAACACUAGCUAUUUAAAUUUUUGGAGGAUUCUCAGUGUUCUUUUUAAUAUAUAUUUUUUUAAGGAUACCCUUAUUGUCAAGAUAGCGCUUAUGCAUUUCUAAUUUUUUUUUACUACAAAAGAAAUCUGUUUUAAGCUAUUCCCGUGUUGUGUUCAACAUAGAGAUGGCAGACUUGAAGGUUAUCCACCCACUUUGUCUUCUCGCUGUUACAUAGCUCACUUAAACUUGCUUCCUGACCUUUCAGAAUAAUACUUUCAUUGGUAAAAAUGGACAAAUGUCUUCUCUGGAGAUAAGUGGUUUUCUUAGAACAGCAAAUUGAUCCUGAUGUUAUAAACACACUCAAUGCUGCAUAGAAACGAAUAGAAAGUUAUCCUGAUAAUAGUUAUAGUGUGAUUUUAUGUCGAGUUGGUUUUAGACUUCCAUCUGAGAUGCAAAAAACACAUCAUGCAAACACUUCCCAGUAGUCUGUCUGUCUCCAUACAGCUGUUGAUGGUGCCUUAAAAACCUCUCCGACCUCAGCGCCGGUCACUCUUUCUUUUGCUUUUCCUUUGGUCUUAUUUUUUUACACUUCAUAUUGUCCAUCACGCUCGGUUUCUCUCUUUUAUCCUUCCCUUUGCUCUCAUUCUGUGACUCAAAUAUGAAUGAUGUUCAGUGAUUUAUUUUUUUUUUUUUUUUUUUUUUGCUGUCAAUCUUCUGUCAAUGAGAUGUGCAGUGGGUUUAAUUACAGUGAACAUUUAUUAUUGUGUCAUCAUCUUUGUGUUGGAUCAUGGAAAUGACUCAUUUCUGGGUUGUUGUGAACAUCUGAAAUGAAGCAGUUUCGCCUUACCUCUUUUUUUUUUAACUAAUAAAAUUGUAUAAUAAUAUGAAGUGAUGAUAAUUACACUUAAAUAGCAUUUAUUCUGUUGUGUAAAUACUCUUUAAUGGUAGUUUCAAUGAUAAAAAUGUGUCUUGAAA